AUGAGUGAGGAAUCAAACGUUAAAAAGCGUAGUUCGAGACUUCCUAUCUGGGUGCUGGCGCCAAGGGAAGAGAAGGAAGCUCGUCAGAAUUUAAAGAAAUUCGCAUAUAAAAAAUGUGACGACUACGUGCAGGCUAUGGCUACCUGUGCUAAGAACCAUGGAAUCAAGUUAUUUCCAGCGUGUGAUGCGCAACGUGACAAGAUGGUUGAGUGUCUUUUGUUUUAUCAAGUGGAUACGAAGUAUUUAGAUGAACAAAGGGAUCUUAUUGUUCAAAGAAAGAUCGCUGCUUUGGAAGAGCAGGUCCGCAAGAGUAAAGAAAAGUGA